AUGCAGAAAAGCUUCGGUUGCCAUGAAUACAACUUGUUCAAUAGUGAAGAGACUGUUGAUGGCAUGCAACCCCUCUUCUGGUCUGGCGUUAUGAUCCAUGACUCUGAACCAAUCGGGGUCUGGAAAGCAAAGUCUGGCAGAUAUGCAAACAUCAAGGCGGCGAUCAAGGCAGUCGAGGAGUUGGAGGGAAUGGCGCCUUAUGAAUUCCGAGCAAAGUUCGGCUGCGAUUGUCGCGAAGAGACCAUUAACGAGAUCGAAAAGGACGGCACGGCCUGA